AUGUCGUCAACGCCACCCGACACCCCUCCUGGGACGACAUCCACAACACUAGAACACAUGUUUCCUGCGGCAAACAAGCUCGUGAUCGAGGACGAAGAGUCGAGCUCUCCUUCUUUCUGGAACGAAUCGUCGCUCUCACCAUCCGACUGUCGCACUCUGUACAAGCUACUCAUGGAUACGAGCAGCUCUUCGCCCCUCUCACGGCAGCCGCUCUUUAGCGCCAACAGUUCAAGCCCACCAGCUCUAGACAGUACUUCUGAAAACUUGGUCAUCCCAGAGAGCGAAGAUGAGUCGUUCCAACAGAUGGAGCACUUCGAUUACGCCAAUGAGCAAGAGGCUGGUUACCAAGACGACAACGACAGCAUGGAUAUGGACGACACUGAUGAUACCCUGGACACGCAAGAGAAAGACGACUUGUCUAUAGAGUAUGGUAUGAAUCUGGCCGCAGCGAUGGCACCUUCUCUGCCUGUUCAAGACUUUGGAAGCUUCUAUGAUCAUGACGAGUCGACGUCGAAUGAAAGCGAAGUACCGCGCAGUUAUCGCUCUGAGGUUGAAAUGAGCGUGCGGAAGCUCGAGGAGCAGUUGAGGAACAAGAAUCUUCAAGAUCUGUGGGAUUUGCUGAGACCACGCGACUUCAUUAAACCAUUCUCGGCCCCAGGUGACACAUCAGGGUAUCGCAUGCGCCAUACUCGAGAGCAAGGCCAUCAGCGAAACAGGCAUCGUUUGACCACUACGCCUGUAGAGCCAAGCGAGACUACAAUCAAGCCCCCUUCUUUACAAAUUGCCGGUACCUCCUACUACUCACCACCCUACAAGCGCCAUCGACGUGCCUCAGACCACGAAUACUCUCGAUUCAGCCCUGAUACCAUGUUUCCGUACCCCAACAGCCCCUUCUUCGAGUAUUUUCCGGUAUCUACUAACCUGGACUCACCUUCGAGCCGCGUCAUCACGUACUACAAAGGCCUGGAAAACUCACCUCCCAAACGCCGUCGCAACGCCUCUUCACCAGAAGAACUCGCCCAGAUAGCCCGCGAAGCUAGAGUUGAUGAAGAAGAGGCCGAGGAGAAGAAAGAGCUACAAGAGUUAGAUCAAUAUAGGGAUUUCGAUCUGGCACCCAUCGAACCUGUCAUGGAGAGCCACGCUGCUGGUGACCUGAUCAUGUCUGCAACACCUGCUAAAGCGAGGGCUGCAGAGGAUUGGAAUGAAUGUAUCUCGCCCAGUGCGCUCUCUCGUGUGCAGCAUGCUUCCAAAGCGCGGGGCUUUUCGGUAGUAUCUUCGCUUGUCGACACAGAGGACGAGGAAGAUAUUGACGCUAGUUACUUGGCACGCCCAUGUGCGCCCACGCCUUCAUCCCGUCGACCGAGGUUGCCAGUCGAGCAAGACGAGGAAGAUGAUGCUGAUGUUGAGGAUUGGGACUUUGUGGUCCGGCGAGAGGACAAGGAUGUCUUUGUCGAGUCGUAUGAACCUACGUUCAUCACCGUCAUUGGUAUGCUUCCGACUGCUAUGUUCUGGGCUACUGCGGCACCAGUCGUCAAACUCGGAAGUGACGCGUUUGACACGCUUGUGGAGACGCUGACAGGUCUGAAAGUGUAG